AUGAUCAAAAAGGUUCAAGAAGCUGAAGUAUCGAAAGGCAGACGCGAUUGGGCGUUCUCCGAACGAGACAAGAUCGUUUUAGAAAGAGAAAGCAUCAGAACUCUGUGCGAUAACAUGAGAAAAGAACGGGACAGAGCUGUUUCCGAACUUGCCGAAUCUCUCAGAGAAUCUGACGCCAUCAAGAAACAAAGAAACGAACUUCUCAAAGAAAACAAAGCUUUAAGGGAAGCAUUGGAAGCUCAAAUCGAAAGAGAAGGUAGAUUGUCGCAAUCGAACAUAGAAGAGCAACACGCUUGCGGUCAUACUGAAGUGAUUCAGCUUGAUUUGACCAGUUCGGACGAAGAAGCAUUAGAAUUUGCGGGUGGUAAAGAGUUUCCUGGCGAUGGCUCCGUAUACGUAGCUUCCGUGGCUCCCGGUUCUUCAGCGAUCGGUAAAUUCUUCCCCCACGACAAAAUCCUGAGGGUGAAUGACGUGGAUUGCAGCCAGGUGUCCUUGAGAAUGGUCACGGAAGCCAUCAGAUCCAGUAUGCCGGCCGCGCAUGUUCUUGUGCGCAGAACAAGGUGCGCGAGAAACGAAAUAGGUGCCACUGGGGAACAGGUCACCAAAUGGAUUCAUACCGCUCGUCUUGCACCAGGCUGUCACGGUCUGUCACUGAAAAUGGGCGUCUACAUCAACCGCAUCAGCGAAGGCAGCUUGGCCGCGACCGACAAAAGCCUGACCGUAGGCGAUAGAGUGCUCAGAAUCAACGACAAGUCCAUGGACGACAUCGAAAACGUCAGAGAAGCCAUGCAGGUGCUCAACGACGAAAGCUCUGACGUCAUCAACAUCACCACCCUGAAGAUGAGCUAUCCGGAGUGUCCGAAUGUUUUUACGCCAGUGAGGAGGAACAAAAAAGAGAACAGAAGCUCACAGACUGAGGAUUGGUUGAGUCAAGGCGACUACAAGUACAACAACCAAGAGAAGAACAGCAGUGCGUGGCUCAAAGAGAAAUUCGAACUCAUGAGGGUACCGUGGAGACACUCAAAGGAGGAUAAAAAAUACAGAAAUAGCUCGCCGAAUCCUAUAGACUUCGGUCACGAACAGGCUAUAGCCGAGUUGGACUCUGUCUUGGAGAGUUACCAUCAUAAUACAAUAAAAAGGUCUUCGGGAGGGGCAAAAAGACACCUGUCACAGCCAAAGGAGGAGAAAAAUAAUGGAGGAACUUGGCCUAAGGCUAGAGCUACAGCUGUACUAACUCCAGGUGGGGGUACCGUAGUGACACGUACCAAAGAACGACCUCCUUUAAGUUUGCUCGCGCAACCAAAAGAAACACCCGAUUACUAUCGCAAUUCCACGCCAAUGCCGCUGUCUUUAGCGCCACAAAAUUCGUCAACGUCCAACCGGCAUUCGGUUUACAAAAGCGUGGACACGAGCCACCAUUUCGGCAUGGCCACUGACAGCUUCGAAAUUGUCAAAUGCGGUAACGGAUCGUCCAACAGGCACAGCGCUAACAUGAACUCGGGCAACAGUCUGGACAUGCCCGUGCAAAGGCUGUACGAGAAAGAAACCUUGCCGUAUUACAAGAAGAACAGUCGUUUAGGGAUAGCAAAAUAUGGUUCAGACUCUGAAAGGGACAGUCUGAUAAGCACCGAUCUCGGUCCAACUCAUUCGAGGGGUCCCAGUCAGUUGUUUGUACCGAAUAGGGUUCAUUACCCCUACCAUCCUCAUCCUCAUCCCCAUAUCAAUCAUUCUAGGGAGAGUUUCAGCUUUGAACCGUACCAACACAAUCACAGUCCUUCGGUGGAUACCGGUAGCAGAAGACCGCCCGAUCUGCUUGAGACAGGGGGUACAUUUCCGAGAAAGAGGAGAUUUCGCGUACCUUCCAACCCUAGUGUUACUUCCAAGGUGAGUACCGGAAGUAUAGAAAGAGGAAGCUCGGAAAGGGGUAGUCCCAUGCCGAUUUUUCACGUGGAGGUCCUCAGUAGUCCCGGGGACCACUCCUCCCAAGUGAACGGGCCCAAAGACUACUGUCCGUGGGGACACAAACCUCUGCCUGGCGAGCUACGGAGAGUCCACAUAGAUAAAUCCAACGAACCUUUGGGCAUCCAAAUCGCUGAUACCGGCGGUAUUUUCGUGUCGACUGUUACCGAGGGUAGUCUGGCUAGUAGGGUGGGGCUACAGAUCGGCGACCAGCUGUUGGAAGUGUGCGGAAUCAACAUGCGCAACGCCACCUACAAUUUGGCAGCGAACGUACUGAGACAGUGCGGAAAUUCCAUUACUAUGCUGGUCCAGUACAGUCCUGAUAAAUACCACGAGGUGGGUGGUGGUACCGAAUCUCUCUCUGGUACUUCUUCGAACGAAGACGACGAAGAUGAAGACGACGAGGAGGGUGAGGGUGAUGCCACGCCCUGUAAUUCGCCCAAAGAAGUGAGAAAAAGUUCCUCCCUGCAAAACAAGCCUUCUUCGUUGAUUGUGAUGCAAAGACAGGCCGGAGUAUCGAACAUAGGAAAGGAACAGUGGAGGGAACCCAGGUAUCUCCUGCAUUAGAAACGUUAGAAAACGUCAACAUUUAGAAUUUCUUUGGUGGGAGGCAACGCAGCUGGUAUAUUCAUCCACUCAGUCCAACCUGACUCCUUGGCCUAUCACGCUGGUCUCAGAACAGGAGAUCAGAUCUUGGAAUACAACGGUAGCGACCUCAGAUCGGCUACGGCAGAGGAAGCAGCGUAUGAACUGGCUAAACCAGCCGAUAAAGUGACAGUUCUGGCACAUUACAGAAUCGAAAAAUACAACGAAAUCAAGGAUAAACCUGGUGACAGUCUCUACGUUCGAUGCUGUUUUGACAGAGGCGGUAAUGACGUCACUGAACCUCCUCAGCUGUCCUUUUGUAAGGACGACGUGCUCUACGUGGACAACACUAUGUUCAAUGGCGUUCCUGGACAGUGGCGUGCAUGGAAGCUUGAUGGCGAGGGGCACAGACAGCAAUGUGGCGUCAUACCCAGCAAAUACAAGGUUGAAGAGGAAAUGUUACUGCGCAGAGGAGCCGGAGACGCUCUGGAAGGUCGUACCGCCACCACGGCUCGAAGGAGCUUCUUCCGACGAAAAAAGCACCAAAGAGGAGGCAGUGGCUCCUCUGGAUUAGGCUCUUCCAGCUCAAGGGACUCCAGAGAACUGGCAUCUAAAUAUUAUUUUUUAGAUAGAAUUUGAAAUAUAUUGAAUAUUUAUUUGUUAAUUCAGGUUCUCUCCGAAUCUAUCCCAAUGUCGUACCAGCGCGUCGAAAGGCUGCAGUUUCCAGAAUUUCGACCGGUUUUAGUCCUGGGACCGUUAGCUGAAUGCGUUGCUGAUAAAUUAGUCAGUGAUUUCCCGGAAAAAUUCCAAGAGCCACUAAAUAGGAGAUGCACUCAAGCCCAACUAGACCGGUAUGAAUAUCUAUAUUUCCUUCAUUAUCUAUAA